CUGCCAGGAAAAGAGGUUCAACACUCUGUGCGCUUAGGAAUCCCAUGCACAGGAGAGCGGCAGCAAGGCCACAAUGGGGGUGAACUUGUGAUUUUGUCACACUAAGAGAACCUGAAGACUGUCAAUUUUUCUGGCCUUGCCAAAAUAUUGCAGAGCAGAAUGCAGGCUGGCAAGGCAGAUGUGAAGGCCCUCAUGGCGAAAUUUAAUGCUGGCAACCACCCAUCAGAGGACGUUUCGGUUAGCAGUCAACCUUUCAAAAUCCCAGGACACCUUUCUGCUUCAGGAUUACAGGCUAGGAAAGCUGCACUUGAGAAAUUUGCUAAUCCAGGGAAUGCUAGUUCUCCUUCAGGUUCCAGUAUCCACAAGUCUGCAUCUCCUAAACCGUCAUUUGGAGUAAAACCUUCUACUGAAGAUAAAACAGAAAAGGAUCCCAAACCUCCCUAUCUGAAACCUAAGAAGUUGGACUCUCCGCUUAAUGCAGCUAACAAAGAAGCUGAUGGAAAGUCUGGGUUCCCUAAAUAUAUGGGUCCUAAACCCCAUGAACUGCCAAAAGAAGAUUCCAAGCCUGUGUUUCCAAAACCUGCUGUAAACAAAUUCCACAACUCUACCACCCAGGAGAAUGACACAAAGCCGCUAGGACUUAAGCCAAAUUUUAAUUCUGCACCACAAGAGAGUGGGCCAAAACCUGCAUUUUCCAAAGUAGCUGGGUUUAAAGAAAAGUUCAUUGCUGCAUCACAAGAAAAUGAUCCCAAGCCUCCUUUCCCUAAGCCACCCGUUGGAUUAAAACAUUCUGGAAGCCCUGAUGUUUCCCACCACGAAGAUAUUUCCAGUAGAGCUGCACUUUUUACUAAGGGAUCUUCAGGCUCCCUAGGCCCCAGGCCAAAAAUACAGUCAUUUAAAUUACCCAGGGAAGCAGCAGAAAAUAGCAGUAAUGGAACUGAUGCCCCAGCGGGUCGUUUUCCUUCAGUGACUCUGAAAUCUGUUGGUAAUCGAAGCAGCCCAGGACAGGUCCCAAAAAAUGUUGAGGAAAAGACGGAAGAUAAUAGGCCAGGGAUCGCCAAGAAAAUUUCCCUCAAUAAAAUUAAUCAGGAAGAUUCUGGUCCAACUCCUCCUAAAUUCCCCAAGCCACCUGCCAAGCUUGCUGCGGGAGGACCGUCACGCAGCUUCAAAGAGAGAGAAGAGGGUGACAAGAGUUCUGCAACCCCCAAGCACAAAGCAUUAACGCCAUUAUUUAAAUUGGGCCCGCCUCCCCAAAAGCCCAGCCGACCCCCAACUGUGGAUCUGGAAAGAUUCCGAAAAAAUAGUGCAAGAGACAGUUCUAACAAAGAAACUGUAAAACAGAAGGUCUCCCAUACAGUGCUCUCCUCCCCUCUAUCUCCACCCUCCCAUUCAGCUACGCAAAUACCACCCCCUCCUCCUCCUUCAGCGUCUCACCCAUCAACACAAGCACAACCAGUUCCCAGCCUACCUCCCAGAAACAUCAAACCUAACACUGAGCCCUUAAGCCUAGAAAAUGAACAGAGUUACGAUGAUGUUGAAUUUGGUGCAGAUGGUCGUGGAAAUACAGAUGGGGAUCAAGAGAGUGAGGGAGAGACAUAUGAAGAUAUCAAUGACAUGAGAGCCACAUCAAAAGAAGAAGAAAAGAAGAAAGAGAAGGAAGAAAAGAGAAGAUUGGACCAAGAGAAGAAAGAACAAAGGGAAAAAGAAAAGAAAGAGCAAGAAAUCAGAAAGAAGUUCAAAUUAUCAGGACCCAUCCAAGUCAUUCAUCAGGCACGAGCUUGCAUGGACUACAAGGGAGGCAAGAAUGAGAUGACUGUCAAACAGGGUGACAAAAUUGAAAUCAUCCGUAUUACAGACAAUCCUGAAGGAAAGUGGCUGGGCAGGACAACAAAAGGAUGCUAUGGAUACAUUAAAACAACGGUGGUGGAGAUUGACUAUGAUUCGUUAAAAAGAAAACAAAGACCUUCCAUGAGUAUUUCCCUGAAACAUGUAGACAGUGACCAAGAAGUGUAUGAUGAUGUUGGAGAUCAGGACAGUAACAGCAGCCACAGUGGUGGUCGAAGUGGAACUGGAAUGAUGUUCCCACCUCCUCCCGCCGAUGAAGAAAUUUAUGAUGGAAUUGAUGAUGAGGAUGCUAAUGCUAGGUCUAUAUCACAGGAUGAAGAUAAGAAUGACUCCUGGUCCAGAGGGCUUUUGAAGAUGUUAAAGGGAAAAGAUGACAAAAAGAAAAGUGUACGAGAGAAAACAACCAAAGUCAAUGAGGCAGAAGAUAAUGGAGGUUCCUUCAUGAAUCCUCCAGUUAAGCAGUUUGGGAAAGAUGCAGGAGACAAUGACGUUUAUGAUGAUGUAGAAUCAUCUGACUUCCCUCCUCCACCAAUAGAAAUUGAAUCUGCAUUAAAUAUAAAAUCUCUGGGCCUCGGAAGGGGCAAAUCAGAUGAGAAAGAUUCACGAAAACUUAAAAAGAUGGAAAAAGAGGAGAAAGAUUUCAGAAAAAAGUUUAAAUUUGAAGGUGAAAUUAAAGUUAUUUAUUCCACUACAAUUAUCCUGGAUCUGCAAUCUAAAAAAUGGGGAGCAAAAGACUUACAAGUGAAACCAGGGGAGUCAGUUGACAUUCUGCAAAUCACAGAUGAUGCCAAGGUCCUGUGUAGGAAUGAGGAAGGAAAAUAUGGAUAUGUCCUAAGAAGCAAUUUAGUGGAGAAUGAUGGAGAAAUCUAUGAUGAUAUUGCUGAUGGUUGCAUCUAUGAUAAUGAUUAAUCUUGAAUGAUGUUAAAUUGUGAGCAUCAUUGGGAGGAGUAUCUUCCCUGGAGUUUCAAUUGACAUAAAACAUCAGUAAAGCUGAUUAGUCACAAGUUACAGCUCUCAUCAGUGAUUACUCUUCUACAUGUGCAAAGUUUUGGUUAGCCUAUGUAGAACUUCAGAUCUUUUGGAUUUAUUGCUUUGAAUGGCAUUUCCUCUUUGUCGUGUAUCAAUCAACACAACUAAAAUUUGGGUAAUCUGAAACAGAAUUAAAUUUUUCAUCAAAUAGUCCACUAGUCCCUGUAAAAACAAUUCAUUGGGUAACAUCACCCAGAGAUGUCAGUUCACAGCUACUAAGGAUAUAGGGAGCCAGCAGACCCUGGUGCCAUUAACUGCCCACUUUGUGGAGGACAGCAUCAUGUAAAAAAAAGGUAACCACCUAUGAUCGGUAUCACUCUUGUGAAAAGAGAAAAUACAAGUGGGAGCCAGAGAAAACAAUAUAUCCUUGACCCAACUUUCCAAUUGUAAUAGUAAGGGUUAAAGUGAUACACAAAGCCAUGUGCCUCUACUGCUAAAGUUUUGUACUGUGACAGUAAUAACCUGUAAUGUUCUAAAAUUAUCAUUAAAUGUUUGUAUGUUCAUUUUGAAUACAUAAUAAUAUACAAGAAUAAACAUAAUUUAUGGAGUUUUAUAUUACUUAUAUACAGCACUCUGAGAUACUAGUUAUGGAAGGCUCUACUUAACUAUAGCACAUUGUUGUUCAGCAGAUUUUCAGGAAGUUUUUUUUCCCUAAGAUUUUACUCUGUUUAGUUUAAAAAGGGAACUUGUCACAUUUUUAUUGUAGUCUAAGCAAUUAAAAUUGACUUAUAAAUGUAUAAUCUGGUGGGAAAUAGCCUCUGGGUUUAAUAUAUAUACACUGACUCAAACUGCAACAUUCUGAUGCUGAGAUUUUUCUUUUAAAUAUUGCUUUCUUACACUAGGUCACCCUAAUGUAGGGAGCUCAACUUAAUUAUAAUAAAACCUAUUUCUA